AUGUCAUCCGCACCGCUCAGCACGACAGAUGCCGUUUUCUCGCAUGAGCACCGUCUCCCCCGCUAUUCCAAUAUCAAGUUGGUGGACAUAUCCAAGUACACUCAGCUUGCAGGAGAUUACAAGGACAAGGUCCUGGAAUCGGGUAUCAACCAGAACCUGGUCGCCGAGGGUGGCAGCGUCUUACCGAGGAACGCCGAGCAGGACAACGUGGUGCUUUUUCACACCCAUAUUGCCCACCCGACUCUGGAGUGCCUCGUCCAUAUCAUAGAAUCGGACACCCACGACGUCAAAUGCACGUGGGAGCACCAACUACGCCUCCCGUCCAUCCCCAAGCCCCAGCCUGAUCCCGCCGCCGCCGCCAGCGGCAAGGCCAAGAGCGACGCCAACAAGGCGACGACGAGCAAACGCAGCACCAGACCGACCAAGAGAAAACGGGUCUCGUCGCUACACAGUGUCCGAGUAAGCCCCGUUGCCAGGUCGCACGUCGAGGUUCGCCCGGACAUGAUUGUUGUCCUGGAUCCCGCCCACGCCCGAAAGAUUGAUCUCAAACAAGCGAGUCUCGGGGCGAAAUCUGUAUGCCUCACUUGCGUUGAGAUGAAGCGAACGGGUGUUCUGGCCUCCCGCGUCAACAACAUCAAGGCAGCAGCGGCAUCUCUUCCCCUCCCGGUCGCCGUCCCUAACCGCAUGAUAGUGGAGGGUUCGCGCGUCAAUACGCCGGAGGCGAUUAAGCUCGAUGUGGGAUCGAGCAAUCUCUCGAAGCAGGGGAUUUGUUAUUGCCUUACACACCGGGUCAGGAACAUUGUGCUCUCCGAGUUUGGCGUUGCAUUCUUCCUGCGAUUCCCAAAGAUGCCACUCGACCUUCCAAUCAAUGAGCUCUGGGAACACGGAGUUGGUGACUUGAUGGAAGUGGCUAUACUGGAGGAAGGCGAUAGUGAGAAGAUGCGGGCUGCCUUCCUUGGCGCCAAUAUCGAGGCUUUGAAGGAUCUCCAGGAAACCGGCCGUUUCAACGUUGGGCUGUGA